AGCCCUCUAUUGGUAGUCUAAUGAAUGUUUUUGGUGUUGAGAGUAAAAAUCUCCCUCUUUUGAAGACAGCCAUCUGAAACGAGGCAAGAUGGUGCGAAUGAACGUACUGGCAGAUGCUUUAAAGUCCAUCAAUAAUGCUGAGAAACGAGGGAAGCGUCAAGUUCUUCUUCGUCCCUGCUCUAAAGUUAUUGUAAGGUUUUUGACAGUUAUGAUGAAGCAUGGUUAUAUAGGCGAAUUUGAAAUAGUAGAUGAUCACAGAGCUGGGAAAAUUGUGGUCAAUUUAACUGGUCGUCUUAACAAAUGUGGUGUAAUCAGUCCUCGAUUUGAUGUACAUCUUAGAGAUUUAGAAAAGUGGACUAGUAACCUUUUGCCAUCUCGACAGUUUGGGUUUCUUGUGCUCACGACGUCAGGAGGAAUUAUGGAUCACGAAGAGGCAAGAAGGAAACACUUAGGUGGAAAGAUUUUGGGAUUUUUCUUCUAAAGGUUUUGUAAAAAUGAAUGGGCAAGUAAUAAAAGUAUGCCACAUA